AUGACUGAACAUCAAUUGAAGAAGAUACGGCCGCUUGGCAAACUCGAAGAACUCUCAGCUGUGGCCCAUCAUGUCGACUUCUUCACCAACACUGGCCUGUCUGCAUACUACGCGCCAACACAGCCCUUACCUGACUUCGAUCUCGAAGAGAUCGUCUACAGUGCCUUGUCACAAGUUGUUGAUCAACACCCCGCUCUGUUUGCGAUUCCAGUUGUAGUUGAGAAGGAGGGGCCGCAUUGGGGACGACUAACCUCAAUCGAUCUUGAGAAAGUUGUGUCUUUUGUCGAAAGAAGUCAGCCAAGUUUCACCAGCGAUCAAGCGGACGACGAGCUCGAUUCACUGCUUGAACGCCAACACAACACGAGCUUCAAGGCUGGAUAUGGUAUCCUACCCGUCUGGAGACUGGUAAUACUCAAGGACCAUGGUUUGAGCAAAGGAUUCACGGCCUCAUUCAUUGCCCACCAUUCGAUGACUGAUGGAACUGGCCUUCAGAUUUUCCACGAUUCGUUCCAGAAAUCUCUUUGUGACAUUACUUCCAGUUCCACAGGACAAAGACUUGACCGGGUCGUAUUCUCGAAUGAUGCGCCGAUUGCUCCGGCACUCGAGGAGCUUCACCCUCUGCCAAUCCCAACAAACCCACCAGCAUCUAAUGCUGCGGAGCUAAAUGAGUGGAAGGGAACUCCCAUUACGUUACCGUGCAAUACACGUUACAAAUCACUUUCGCUGCCAUCAAACACGAUGGAGCGCUUUGUGCAAGACUGCAAAAAGCACAGGGUGGCACCAACAGCGGCUCUUCCGUCUCUUGUAGCAAGGUUGCUGUAUGACAAUCUUCCAUUAACAGCAGAGGCUCUUACGUGCAACCUUCCAGUAAGCUUACGAUCAGACCUACCACCAAAGCUAGUCGAAGGCGUCAUGGGUAACUUCAUCGAUGCCUUCAAAAUCCAGCUUCUUCGCUCCGAUUUAGAUCAGAUUUCAGAUGACUCCAGUACAGGCACUCUUGGGAUCUGGAACCAUGCCAAGAAGAUCCAGCAAGCUACUAGAAAGUAUUUCGCAAAUGCUUCACCUUCUGGAGAGCUGUACGCAAAUGUCGCUGCACUCAAACUCAUUCCAGACAUUGGCGCAGCCUUGAUCGGAUCAAUCGGCCAUCCUCGCGGGGAAUCUUUUGAGGUCUCAAACCUCGGAACUUUUUCACAGGCUAAGAAUUCCAAGGGAGGUACCAAACCAUCAUGGCAUCGAGGAAAAGUGUUGCUGAGCCGAUGCGCAUAUGCUGGAGGUGCUCCGUUGGUGAUUUGCGUACUGAACAAUGAGGAGUAUGUUGGGUUUGGCUUUACAUGGCAGGAUGGUUCUAUUGAUGAGACCAUUGUCAAGGCUGUUAUGGAUGGUAUCAAAACAUACUUCAACACCAGGGCGUAG